GUGCUGCUGGAAGACCUAUCAGAAAUGCGGAUGAAUAUCUGAACAGACAGCAUCAACCAGUGAAUAGAUUUGGUAGCAGAACGAAUUUUGGGAACAGAGCAAUUAACUUUGGAAAACUUUCUUUAACAGCAGCUUACAAAGAAUGGAAUCAAGAAAAAGGCUCUAAAAGAGUUUUCUUUGUCGUUCAUGGACUUUGGUGGCUGUCUUCUUCAGGUCCAAGGGUGACUUAUGUGCCGCCUUCUCCACCUGAUGAUGAGCAGGCCAUCUUUGCACAUUAUAAAAUGGGAAGUAAUUUUGACAAGUAUGAUGAAAACACAGUUAAAGUGUCAGGACUUAACCCUCCAGAACCAUUAAAGGCUUUUAAAGAAGCAAACCUCUGUCACGCUUUAAAUGUGAACAUUGCUAAGGCUGGAUACUCUAAACUUACUCCAGUGCAGAAGCACAGCAUUCCUAUUAUACUGGCAGGACGGGAUUUAAUGGCAUGUGCUCAGACAGGAUCAGGAAAAACUGCAGCUUUCCUUCUACCAAUUGUGGCCCACAUGAUGAGAGAUGGUGUGACUGCUAGCAGCUUUAAAGAGCAUCAAGAACCAGAAUGUAUUAUUGUUGCCCCAACUAGAGAACUGAUAAAUCAGAUCUUCCUUGAAGCAAGGAAAUUUGUGUAUGGAACUUGUAUAAGGCCUGUUGUGAUCUAUGGAGGUACACAAACAGGCCAUUCAAUUCGUCAUAUAAUGCAAGGCUGUAAUAUAUUAUGUGCAACUCCAGGAAGACUUCUAGACAUCAUUGAAAGAGGCAAGAUUGGUUUGCAUAAUGUGAAAUACUUGGUGCUAGAUGAAGCAGACCGCAUGCUUGAUAUGGGUUUUGGGUUAGAUAUGAAGAACCUGGUUUCUUACCCAGGUAUGCCACCAAAAGACAUGCGUCAAACACUAAUGUUUAGUGCCACUUUUCCUGAAGAAGUUAGGAGGCUGGCUGGCGAAUUUUUGAAAACUGAUUAUUUAUUUGUUGUUGUUGGACACGUGGGUGGAGCUUGCAGUGAUGUUCAGCAAAAUAUUCUUCAGGUUUCUCAGUCCUCCAAGAGGGAUAAACUGGUAGAAAUCCUACAAAGCAUAGGUCAUGAGCGAACCAUAGUGUUUGUGGACAGAAAGAAAAAAGCGGACUACAUUGCAGCCUUUCUUUGUCAAGAAAAAAUACCAACCACUAGCAUCCAUGGAGAUAGAGAACAGAGAGAGAGAGAAAUAGCUCUUCAGGAUUUUCGUUCUGGAAAGUGUGAAGUUCUUGUGGCAACUUCAGUGGCAGCAAGAGGUUUGGACAUUGAAAAUGUUCAACAUGUCAUUAGUUUUGAUCUUCCUUCCACCAUUGAAGAGUAUGUUCACCAAAUUGGACGAACUGGUCGUUGUGGAAAUACAGGCAAAGCAGUUUGCUUCUUUGAUGACAUUUCUGAUGCACAUCUUGCACAAUCUCUAGUUAAAGUGCUUUCAGAUGCCCAGCAGGAAGUUCCUGUUUGGUUGGAAGAAAUUGCUUUUUGUUUUCAAGGAGAAAGAGCCUUUGCAUCAGUUAAAACCAAAAAG